UUAUGGUUUUAAACUUUCCGUAACUCGUGUAUGGUUUCCAAUUGGACUUAACAGUUUUAUUUUAGUGGGAUUUGUGUUGUGAUUGUGACAAUGUGGAUUUAUGUUUGUGUAUAUUUAGGAUACUGAGGAGGAUAUUUUUUAUUUAGUUUUUGGCGUAUGAGACGGCGCCAUGUCGGCGGUGAUGUCCACGCUGUCCAUGAUCAGCGGCGGCCGCCGCGCGCACCGCAAGCUGGCCAGCUCAAGCGGGCGCAAGUCGGGGCAGCUGUCGGACGCGGGCGAGGAUCGGCGCCGCCGCGACCACGACCUCACCAAGCAGCAGCGGUCUGCUUCCCUGCAAACCCUCGAAGCGGGCGGGGUCGUCAACCUCGAGAGCCUGGAGGCCAAGAUGGCCAGCAUCGAAGUGUCGCUGGCUGGUCGCCGGCGCAGCGCGGGCGGACGCGACUCCCGUGAGCUUGACGCGCUGCGCACCGCGCUGAACGAUAAGGAUGCGCUUAUAAACAGUCUAAAGAAGCAGCUAAGCGCGUCACUAGCUGCGGCGCGGCUCGCGCCCGGUUCGCCCGGCGGUCGGCGUGAAACGCCAACGGCGUUAUCGCCGGAGGAACGGCGCGCGUUAGACGAGCGCGCCGCCGCCGUGCGCGCCGACCUGGACGCGCGCCGGGCCAACAUACAGGAGUUGAGGCGGCGGCUUGAGAAAACACAUGUUACUGACAACAUCGACACACGGAUUCAGCAAGCAGAGCUGCAGUACAAACUGGGGCGCGAAGAGCUAGAACUACUGACGCUAAGCGAGCAAGCACGCGCGCUGGCGCAGCUGAUCGACCACGCCGACGCCGCCGCGCGCGCCGACGCCACCUACUACAGCACGUUGCGGGAAUGCGGCGGCAGCGCCUUGCUGGUAGCAGCAGAAGCAAGGGACGGGGCCUGGGGCGCCGCCCCUCGUGGAACGGGACUGUGUAUAGAUUGGUCGCGUGAUAAUACCCUGAGGGUUGGAGACAGAUUGGUGGAAGUAAACGGCACCAACGUCCUGUCAUGUCGCAGCGUGGAAGAACUGCAGCGUGCAGCAAGCGCGGCGGCGCCGGCGCGGCUCGUGCUGCUGCGCGCGCACAGUUCCCCGCCUGUCAGCCCUAACCAUACCAAUACCAACAAUACUAGCCCGCCGCCAGUUCCGACUACUCCCAAUACUUUCACACAGAACGAAGCAGCAUCAUUACGUGCCGAGCUCGGCGCGUUACGGUCAGCGGCCGAGCAAGCUCAGAAAGCCAAGGAGGGCCUUCGCGCUGACAACACACGCCUUACGCACCGCAUCUCGUACCUUGAAGAACAGGUGGCCGAGCUGUUGGCGAGGCAUCCACAGCUCCAGUCCGUUAGCAGCAGCGACAGCUGCAUUACGGUUAACAAAACGAAGAAGAACGUUACCAACAUCAGCAUUUGCUCCGAGCCGCACGCCAAGAGCCCCAAGUCUGAAGUCCAAGUCUUCCAGAAGGGUCCAGACAUCACAGCGAUUGUUGCUAAACUACCAGGGCUUGAUGGAGCAGAGGCGAGUUUGCCGCUGAUGCGACCGAGGUCUAAUGCGUCUGGUGCGUCCAGUCGCGCUGCGAUUUCCCCCCGCGCGUCGCCCGCACCCCCCGCGUCCCGCGCGCAUUCCGCCCACAGUAUGGAACCACGCUCCCGUAUGAGACACUCCCUUUCCCACCACUGCAUCCACGCAGCUGAUUACAGCACGGAAACUGACGCAGCUAUACGCAUGAUCGAGCGCAACCAAAGACACAUGGAGAAGCAGCGGCUCAAAGCGGAGAAACUCCACCGUUCUAAAGAAGAUCACUUCCGCUCUGACAGUGAUUUGGAGAUGAAUUCACGUGCGAGCGCGCCGCCUGAUCGCCAUUAUGAGAUCAAAAAGGCUGCCGACAGGAUAGAAGAGAGCAUUAAAAAGACCAACUGGGCGGAGCGAAAGACGCUAUCCAUUAUUGAACAGCUAAAGCGCUCGCAACGGUUAAGAAAGUUGAAGAAAAACGAUAGCGCUGAAGAUGUUCAUGUAGAGUCCGAGCGGCACUACAUGUACCACAGGAUCGACGGGAAAGUUCUAGAGAACGCGCACAAAUCUAGCAGAAGAACGUCAAAACUGCAUUCCCGGAGCGCUAAGUCUUCAGAGUUCGAGUCGGAAUCAGAUUACCCGAACGGUGAUAUCUACAGCAGCUCGCCACGGAUCGACUACGGCUCUGAAACCUGCUCCACAAGGUUGAGUCACUACAAGAAGAACGAUGAUAGAAGCGAGGUGAAAAGCCGACCAACGCCGCCUCGGAAGCCAUUACGUUUAUCGUUGCAUAAAGCAAAGAGCGCGCAUUCUCUGAUGAAUGGAAGCGAGUCUGAAACACCGAGCAGAGCGCCCUCAGAUAUGAACGGAGAGGAAUACUGUAAGAAGCCAGUGAAGAGAACGCAUGCCAGUGACAAAUGGGGCCGCGAGAGACGGAGUGACGGAGGCAGGGCGACACCGCGGCCUGUCAGGAGACACGCGGGGUUGAGCUCGUGCGAGACGCCGGCCGCAGAUGAUUUGUACCCUGAGCCGCAUACGCCGCUGCGGGCGAUGAGCGCGAUGAGUCCUGGCAAGUGGUGCUAACAUCUGCAGAACGGGAACGGUCCGUUCUCGAGUACAAAUGGCCAGCAGA